AUGACCUUUGCUGCUGACAUCAUCACUGUUCGCUUGUUUGUUACUCUUGUGACUUUCUUAGACUGCGUCCUGAAGAAUUCUGUCCUGAAGGAAUCUAAACUGAAGGCAACACUUCAAGGUCCGAGUUGCCGGUACCCCCCUCGUCAAACCUGUCUGCCGCAGCCCCUUGACGGCCAAGACAAGUACAACAUCCCGAGCGGUGCUCUGCUGAAUUUCAGCUGUUCGCGGACCGACUCGGCGCCUGCAGGUGCCGACCUGUACGGGUUGGACCGGGUACACUGUGAUGACGGGUGGUUUCAACCGGCAAACUUCCCCGUAUGCUUCGAUCGGUGCCAGAUCAAUGAGCAAAACUUGACAUCUGCCGGUCUGAACAUCAGCGGUGGGCAGGUGGCUGAAGGGAACACUUUGCGUAGUGGGGACAGCUACACGGUUCACUGCAGUGCUGUGGAUGAAACACUGUGGGGACAUGCGACCAUUUACUGUAUGGACGGGGAGUUUGUGCCUUCAGUCUUGCCCGUAUGUUGCCGUGACGGUGGCACAGUUGACAAAGAACAACCCUCGGACACCGUGUCGAUGGUGACUUUUGUAGCCGUGGUAGCGCCCACGGGUGUUGCCGCCGCUCUGCUGUUCAUCGCUCUCGUGGCCGUCUGGAGAAAGACACCGCCGCGAAGUGAGGAACGGUCGAAAGAAAGACAGAACAGCAGGGAAGUCAUGAUUGUGAACACCGCCUUCGCAUCCGAUCGUUCCCCGUCAACCUCGAUCCCACCGAACGUGCCCGAGCGACCCUCCAACAGUUACUUCUCCUCAGCCGGGGUCUCCGAGUCAUACCUCACGCCCACCGUCAAGGACCCGCCCACCGACAGCAAGGGCUCGAUCUACGACUACAUCGAUCCCAAAUCCACAGAUUAUUACCUUGAACUGGUGGCGUAGAUGGAGGUAAACUCAUAGUCGUUUUUGUGGGGAGUGUGGCCUAGUGGUAAGGGUUUGUGACUCAUGAUCAG